AAAUUUAACCUCACUCAAAUCAUUGUUUACGUAUGGUGCCGUUCCAGCGGCCUUAUUUUGUACGGGAGCAUGACAACAUCGAAGAAGGAGAAUUCGAGCAAGAGCACAACUGCUAGUGGAGUGACCGACAGUGUUGGGUUGCCAAAAAGCCUGAUAUCGCAUCCAAGGUUAACACCAUUUAUUCAAACCGAUUUAACGAAUUCAAUGUUGCAAAUUGGUGACCAGCUUCGUGAACGAUGGGUUAUAAAGGGUUUAAUUGGUCAUGGUGGUUACGGAGAAAUAUACUAUGCUAUUGAUACGACGAAUGAUGAACCUGUAGCAGCUAAAGUUGAACCUGUAAAGCGAAGAGGUAAAGUUGUCAGAAGAAUGAUUCUUGAGCAAAAGGUAUUACUUCGAAUGCAAGGCAAACCACACGUGCCAAUGAUGUGGGGAUCAGGAGUGGAGCGAACGAUUAAUUAUAUCGUAAUGCAAGCGAUUGCUGGUCUGAGGGAUAUGCACAGUUUUGGUUAUCUUCACCGUGAUAUCAAACCUGCGAAUAUGUGCUUCGGAUUAACCGAAAAAAGCAUGCGACGGCUAUUUAUCGUGGAUUACGGCCUAGUGAGACGAUUUCGGAGGGAUGAUGGGCAACGAAUUCCACAACGAUCUCGAGUGGGAUUUCGCGGUACAAUGCGAUAUGUAUCGAUGCGAGUGCACGAUCGUAAAGAACAAGGUCCUUCCGAUGAUAUGAUUGCCCUUUUCUUUUGUCUGCUCGAGGUGCUCAAUGGAGAGCUACCCUGGAAAUACAUCAAUAGUGACAGCAAGAUGAAAUCAAUGAAAAUGGAAUUGGUUGGCGACGAUUUCGCGAAACUUACACAAUGUUUCGGUAAGGAAAUGGGGGAAUUUGGCAGAACAGUCAUGAAUAUGUCCGCGGAUGAUGAACCGAACUAUAAUGACCUUCAAUUAAUGAUGAAGCGAAUGUGCGGUGGACGACAUUUGAACGAACCGUAUGACUGGGAAACUGAAUACGUCGAAGUAUUCACAGAUAUUCUUAGCAAUAUGGAAUCAUGA